UAGUCACAGCCCACUUGCGGCACCUCAGUGGAGGCCUCCACCUUCCUCGCGGUGCUGUAGGGUCUUGCGCUAGCUUCCGGACCUUGAGAGGGUCCAAAGCAGUGAAACAUCAGGGAACAGGGCUGCGAAUACCCUUGGGACCUUUGUCCAAGAAACAGGCUCUUCCCUCUCAGGAGUCUUAUGGCCUCUAGCCUGCUUUUAAACCGUUCUUUUUACCCCUGUUAUCCCCUCCUCCCGACUCUCUUAACUCAGUACCUCUCUGGCCUUAAUGAGAGGAAAUAACGCAAGAUGAGGUACGCAAACGAGUGUGGGAUAACCAGAUGAGAAAACUGUGGUCAGAAAGGUAAACUGAGAAGCCUGUUUUGGAAGAGAAGUGCAAGUAUGUGAUAUCCAGAUGUGGAAACCCAAGAAGAUCAAGAGACAUAAACUAUUUGUAUACUUGUGAAUAGACUUCAGUAUUCUAGUUUUCUAACCUAGCAUCAUUAACACGCUUUGAUGGAACUGUUCGGAGCUCACAGCUAGCUAGGAGACUCAGACUCAGACCCAGCUACCAACAUUAUAAGGCUGGAACAUCAGCUGUAAGUCACGUGUGAGCCAUAGGAAGGAAGGAUUCAUUUUUCUGAGGACCACAAGGAAAGUUUCAUCCAGUGAAUUAUAGAGAGUGGACAACAUUCUGUUCUUCUCACUUAUUACACUGCAACUCACCAUUACUAAAUUCAACAGGCAGAUGUGAUGAAAAGAAAAAGGCCUGGGGAUCCAGACAAACAUGGCUUCACAUCCUGGAUCCACAACUAUUAGAGAGCCCGGAGCUUCAUCGCACCAUGUGUGGCAUUUGGGCGCUCUUUGGCAGCGAUGACUGCCUUUCUGUUCAGUGUCUGAGUGCUAUGAAGAUUGCACACAGGGGUCCGGAUGCAUUCCGUUUUGAAAAUGUUAAUGGAUACACCAAUUGCUGCUUUGGAUUUCACCGGUUGGCGGUCGUUGACCAGCUGUUUGGAAUGCAGCCAAUUCGAGUGAAGAAAUAUCCGUACUUGUGGCUCUGUUACAACGGUGAAAUCUACAACCACAAGAAGCUGCAACACCAUUUUGAAUUUGAAUACCAGACCAAAGUGGAUGGUGAAAUAAUCCUUCAUCUUUAUGACAAAGGAGGAAUUGAACAAACAGUUUGUAUGUUGGAUGGGGUAUUUGCAUUUAUUUUACUGGAUACUGCCAAUAAGAAAGUGUUCUUGGGCAGAGAUACCUAUGGAGUGAGACCUUUGUUUAAAGCCAUGACAGAAGAUGGAUUUUUGGCUGUGUGUUCAGAAGCUAAAGGACUGGUUAACUUGAAGCACUCCAUGACUCCGUUUUUAAAAGUGGAGCCUUUUUUCCCAGGACAUUAUGAAGUUUUGGACUUAAAGCCAAAUGGCAAAGUAGCAUCGGUGGAAAUGGUGAAAUACCAUCACUGUAGAGAUGAGCCCCUGCAUGCCCUGUAUGACAGCGUGGAGAAACUCUUCCCAGGUUUUGAGAUAGAAACUGUGAAGAGCAACCUCCGGAUUCUUUUUGACAAUGCUGUUAAGAAACGUUUGAUGACGGACAGAAGGAUUGGCUGCCUUUUAUCAGGUGGCUUGGAUUCCAGUUUGGUUGCUGCCACUCUGUUGAAGCAGCUAAAAGAGGCCCAAGUACAGUACCCUCUCCAGACAUUUGCGAUUGGCAUGGAAGACAGUCCUGAUUUACUAGCUGCUAGAAAGGUGGCAAAUCAUAUUGGGAGCGAACACCAUGAAGUCCUCUUUAACUCUGAGGAAGGCAUUCAGGUCCUGGAUGAAGUCAUAUUUUCCUUGGAAACUUAUGAUAUUACAACGGUCCGUGCUUCAGUAGGUAUGUACUUAGUUUCUAAGUACAUUCGAAAGAACACAGAUAGUGUGGUGAUCUUCUCUGGAGAAGGUUCAGAUGAACUUACGCAGGGUUAUAUAUAUUUUCACAAGGCGCCUUCCCCGGAGAAGGCCGAGGAGGAGAGUGAGCGGCUUCUGAGGGAACUCUACUUGUUUGAUGUUCUCCGAGCAGAUCGAACUACUGCAGCCCAUGGCCUUGAACUGAGAGUCCCUUUCCUGGACCAUCGCUUCUCAUCCUACUACUUGUCUCUGCCGCCAGAUAUGAGAGUUCCCAAGAAUGGGAUAGAGAAACAUCUCCUGAGAGAGACGUUUGAGGACUCCAACCUGAUACCUAAAGAGAUUCUCUGGCGACCAAAAGAAGCCUUCAGUGAUGGAAUAACUUCAGUUAAAAAUUCCUGGUUUCAGAUUUUACAAGACUAUAUUGAACAUCAGGUUGAUGAUGCAGCGAUGGCAAGCGCAGCCCAGAAAUUUCCCAUCAAUACCCCCAAAACAAAAGAAGGCUAUUACUACCGUCAGAUCUUUGAACACCACUACCCGGGCCGUGCCGACUGGCUGCCCCAUUACUGGAUGCCCAGGUGGACCAGCGCCACAGACCCUUCUGCCCGCACUCUGACCCAUUACAAGGCCUCUGCCAAAGCUUAGGCACUUGCUCAGGCUUGGAGUCAAAGUAAUAAUUUCUUCUCCUUGUGAAGGGUAGGAGUCUUGAGGGCAGGAAGUGCCAACUGCCCAGGCUUGCUUGGGUGUGAAAAAAUAAAAGUCUUAAAUCCGA